AUGGCGAAAUAUAUUCUCGCCGUGAACGCUGGCUCGUCCUCAGUCAAAGUCACGUUCUAUACAUACGAGAACCCGCCAAGAGUUAUCGCUGAUGCGCAGGUGUCAGGUAUCACUGCCCCACCAGCGGAGCUCAAGUAUCAACGCGGGCCUGUGAAAACCAAAGAAAAAUUGAAGGAAAAGCUGGAUACGCCGCAAGAUGCUUUCAAAUAUAUUCUGCAGCACUGCUUCGAUGAUCCCGAGCUAUCCGAGGUUGCUAGCGAAAAGGACCUCGCAUAUAUAUGUCACCGAGUAGUCCAUGGAGGAGACAAUCAGGAAGCGGUUACGAUUAACGAGGAAACUUUGCACCAACUCGAAGAACUGGAAGAUCUCGCUCCGCUACACAAUUUUUCGGCUUUGGAAAUCAUCCGUCUCUGCAAAAAAGAGCUUCCAAGCGUCGCCAGCAUCUGCUUCUUCGACUCAGCAUUUCACCAAACCAUGCCAGUUCACGUGAAAACAUAUCCCAUUAACCAGGAAAUCGCCAAAGCAAAUGGUCUCCGGAAGUACGGAUUUCACGGAAUCAGCUACUCGUUCAUUCUACGCUCCGUAUCUCAGUUCCUAGAUAAGCCGACCGCCUCCAUAAAUCUGAUUGCAAUGCAUAUCGGCAGUGGAGCCUCGAUCUGCGCUAUCAAGAAUGGUCAAUCGAUUGAUACUUCAAUGGGCCUUACCCCCUUGGCUGGGUUACCCGGCGCAACGCGAAGUGGCUCCAUCGAUCCCUCACUGGUCUUUCACUAUACAAGUGAGGCGGGGAAAUUGAGUCCUUCCAGUACCAAGGAGAUGCAUAUUAGCACGGCUGAGGAAAUCCUCAACAAACAAUCCGGGUGGAAGGCUUUAACCGGUACGACGGACUUUGCGGAGAUCGCAGUCGAGAAUCCACCGGAUACGCACAAACUAGCCUUUGAUAUUCUGGUGGAUCGGAUCAUAGGCUAUAUCGGGAGUUACUAUGUAAAGCUAAAUGGACAGGUAGAUGCACUCGUAUUUGCGGGAGGGAUUGGUGAGAAGAGUGCAUUAUUGCGUCGGACGCUGGUUGAGCAGUGCCAGAGUCUAGGUGUGGCGAUUGACUCGCGGGCUAAUGACAAGGGGCCGGAUGAGACGGUCACAGAUAUCUCCCUUGACUAUAACGGCAAGGGGCCUCGAGUGUUGAUUUGCCAGACCAAUGAACAGUUUGAAAUGGCUUAUAGUGUUUGUGCGCGAUGA